AUGGACAUCCUGAUCGCGCAGAUCCAGGCGGAUCUGCGGUCCAAUGAUGCCCUCCGGCAGUCCGGUGCGCUGCUCCAGGCCCUGCAGCAGUCCGCCGCCGGCCGUGACGUCUCCGCAGUGGCCAAGUCCACCUGCGAGGAGAUCAUCGCUUCCCCUUCUUCGGCUGUCUGCAAGAAGCUCGCCUUCGACCUACUACGGACCACUCGGCUCACACCGGACCUCUGGGACAUCGUCUGUUCUGGCAUUCGCACCGAUCUCGACUUCCCUGACCCCGACGUCGCCGCGGCCGCUGUAUCGAUCCUCUCCGCCGUUCCUACCGACCGCCUCUCCCGCCUCAUCUCGGACUGCAGCAAGGAGAUAACGGCUUGCUUCGACUCCCCCAGCGACAAUCUUCGCUUCUCCAUCACAGAGACAAUGGGAUGCAUCCUUGCCCGAGACGAUCUUGUCCUCCUCUGCGAGACCAGCGUCUCCCUCCUCGACCGGGUCUCCAACUGGUGGACGCGGAUUGGCAAUAACAUGCUUGACCGCUCAGAUGCUGUCUCCAACGUAGCAUUCGAAUCGAUUGGACGCUUGUUCCAGGAAUUUGAAACUAAGAGGAUGAGCCGGCUUGCAGGAGACAAGCUUAUUGAUAGUGAAAACUCCCUCUCUAUUCGAUCGACCUGGGUCGUCUCAGCCGUUGAUUUGGCGUGGAAGUUACGAAAUGCGCUGAUGGCGAGGUCAAUGAUUCUCCCAGUCGAGAGGUUUAAGUCUACAGUUUUCCCUCUAGUGUAUGCUGCAAAGUCUGUGGCAUCUGGUGGUGUCGAGAUCCUCCGGAAGCUGUCAAAGAAUGGUGGGAACCCUCCAUUGGAUGACAAGGGGAGUGCUGAGAAGCUUGUAGGAGUAUCGGAUGUCGUAUCUCACCUCUUGCCAUUUUUGAGUUCAUUGGACCCGCCGCUGAUCUUUGAGGUGGGAAUUAACAUGCUCUCUUUGGCUGAUGUUCCUGGGGGGAAGCCAGAGUGGGCUUCAGCAUCUAUUAUUGCGAUUCUUACACUAUGGGACCGACAGGAAUUUUUUUCCGCCCGAGAAAGCAUUGUCAGAGCUGUCGUUGCUAACCUUCAUCUACUAGAUCUCAAUAUGCAGGUACUAAUCUGUGUACUGUAUUUCGUUAUUCACGUGAUUUCACAAUGCUGUGCUGGUGUAAAUAAAUUAUGUAGUGCGUAAUGUAUGUACAAUCUUAUCAUGUUUUCGUCGAUCAAAAAGUCCAAUUUAAAGGCUAGAGAUGGGACAAGUUUCAAUUCUUCUGUGAUUUAUAUUCUGCCACAUCCAUCGCGAUAAUGGAAUCUAGACACUUCUAGAAUUGAACUCCGGCCAAUUCUUGGUAUCCAAGCUGUUCUUUCAUAAUGAAGAUGGUGUCUUUUACGUUUAGAAGUUACAUGAGGCAAGAUAUGUAGACAAUAUGCUAUUUCCGUCGAACAUCUUUGGUUCCCGUCCUCAAGAUUAUGCUAGUACUAUGUGAUGUUCUUCUUGCCUGUUGAGCAUUUUGGAAUAUUUGGAUAUCAGAUCAAGAGAGUGAUUUGACGAAAUACUUAAAAUACGGCAUUGUGAAUGUAUUUGGUCAGGUCCAUGUAUGUCCAGAAUUGGAGGGAUUAGAAAUAAUUUAUUUACUACUAGAGAACCAUUCUUCUCCUGAACUGUGGUCAGGUUCACAUAAUUUCGUUUAAUUUCAUUUCGUCUUGGUUUUAAUCUGUUGAGUUCAAUCCAUGACAUUAAAUGAUAAAUGUUCUUCGUAAUCUUUUUGGCAAAAAGUGAAAAAGGAAGACUAUGUUAUAUGGUUUCUUAAUGCAGAAAAAGUCAAUGCCAUGUUGACAAGUCCAUACUUAGACGGUUGUAGAUCCUUGAUUAAAUGUUAUCCAUGAAUGUUGUGCUUGGUUUGCCUUCCAUCUUCUAAUGUGGUUGCUACGGUACUCACUUUGGGGCAGAGGUGUCUUUGAACUGUCUUGCAGUUGAGUAGGGAGCAUGUCAUGUCUGCAGUAGCCUUCCCAAAUUUUAACAUUACCUAAUGAGAGUUGAGGUUUUUCUUGGCAUCAAGAACAAUAUGGACUUAUACGCACGUAUAUUGUUGGAAGUAUCCGGGGAGAGAAAUUUGCAGAAGCCUUCAAAGUAUAGCAGAUACCAAAAAUCCUUUUUGAAACCUAAGGAUUCAGGUUCUAAAUCAAUUUUAGUGUGCUUACUUAUCCUCGGACCAAUAGAUAUUGGGUGGCCUCAUCUUGUCUGAUAGUUCUAAAUCAAUAGAUACGGUACUCACCUCGGACCAAUAGAUGAAGGUUUAAAAUCAAAGAAGAGAAAAACCUCCGAGAAAAACGAGAAGGAGAAUGGUGAAGAGAGGGGCUGCUUUUCUUCCCACUCCAUUCGUUCUUUCCUUCUAGAAUUUUUUAACAAUUGAACUACUUUUGUGCUCUAGGCUUUUUUUUGGUGCUUCAAAUGUUCCUAUUAUUUGUAUGAUGGAAUGUUUUCGGUCAAAAUGCUGUUCAAAUUUUGUCAUUUCUUUUUUUCUUCUUAGUUCCAAUGAAAAACUUGGUCGUUAUUUAUCUUCAACCUUCAUAUUUCUCGUUUUUCUUUUCAAUUAGUUCUUCAGUGCAGAGUUUAUUUUUGAACUGAUCUUUGUUAUCACUAGUUGUAGGAGUUGUAAAUGGUAAAUUCCCUGCUUUAUUGUUCUCUGUUAUUCGUUAUGCUUGUGGUAAACUGCGUAAAAUUUUCUCACUUCUUGCAGGUUUCAUUGUUCAAGAGACUGCUUCUCAUGGUUAGAAAUCUGAGGGCAGAAUCAGAUCGUAUGCAUGCUUUGGCAUGUAUCUGUCGAACAGCUCUCUGUGUUGACCUUUUUGCAAAGGAAAGUGUACGUAGAGGGCAGAAACCUCUUCCUGGUACUGAUAUUGCUUCACUUUUUGAGGACAUAUGGAUAAAAGAUGAUCUGAACAACGUGAUUAGCAAAAGCUUGUUUAGAGAGGAACUAGUUGCUUCUUUGGUGGAGAGCUGCUUUCAGUUAUCUCUUCGAUUAUCUGAGCAGAAGGCUUCUGGUACUGAGAGCAGAGUCAUCGGAGCUUUAGCUUAUGGAACAGGCUAUGGCGCAUUAAAUUGGACAGAGCCAGCCUUAGAAGUGGUUGAAGUGUGUAAACCUUGUGUUAAAUGGGAUUGUCAUGGUCGUACUUAUGCCAUCGAUUGUUACCUAAAGUUGCUUGUUAGGCUAUGCCAUAUAUAUGACACCAGAGGGGGUGUUAAGAGGGUCAAAGAUGGGGCAUCUCCGGAUCAAAUCCUAAAUGAAACAAGGUUGAAAAAUUUGCAAUUGCAGCUUAUCAGAGAUCUCCAUGAGGUUAGUUUAGCAUCUGAUAUUUAUUUUCUUAGAAACUGCCCCCGUCUAAGAUAUAUAUUUGCAUCUUGUCUCAAAACAGUUGAAUGACCUCAAUUUUUUUUAAAUCCCUUCUUUUUAGAGUUCUAGUUGAAAAUCUUUGGUAAUGCUUAUCCCUGGGACCAGGUGUAUUUGCAUCGUUUCUACCUUUCUAUCAACUUUUUUUGGUUGCUUUAAAAUGUUUCCAGUAUAACAGUGAACAUUAUUUUUAAGUCAAACUGUUCUGACGUUAUUGAUGUUAAUUCCCAGUCAUUUCAUCAUGAUAAAGAAUUCUGAUUUGUGCUGAAUCGAAAUCAGAUUCAUAUUCUUGUAGGUAUUUCUAUGAAUGAACAAUGCAGGUAGCUUAAAUAGUCAUCUGAGAUAGCAGGAUCUGAGAGAUCAGAGAAGCGUGAAUCCACAAGUAAAUGAAGAGAAAAAAAAACAACUGUGGGCAACAGUGUCCCCUUCUCGUAUUCCCUCUUUUUAAGAUAAGCAGAGUUAUUUCUGGAUUUCCUGGAGAAUAUAAACUGGUAACAACAAUCCAGCGAAAGGAAAGGAUUCCUAACAAAAAAAGCACGAACAAUCUUUGGUAAAAUAAUGGAUCUCUAGGAGAGAAUGCAGUUCUACGAUUUGGGCUAUCAAGGUUUUUCUUUUGAGCCUUCUGGGUUUCCAUAUUGUGCCUUCCUUCUUUGAUGCUGUUUUGUUCUACAUCAAAUAUAACCAAGAAUUUAAAGGUGUACGCUGAUAAGAAAUUAAUAAAAUAUUGGAAAAAAGCUCCUUUCAGCUACAAGGCAUAGACGCUAUUAUCUUUUUUAAUAUCUAAGAUCCACAAAAAGGCUGCAUUUAGUUAGUUCUCUCUGGAUUUUGUGAGAAUAGAAGGCUUAAAGCAGUUGGGAAAAUAUAGUACAAUUUGGCACGGAAACAAUACCCAGUGCUGAAACUGAAUUAAAACUAACGUACUCUUUGUUUCAUGGGAUCUAUUUAAGGAUUGCAAGAACAUAGUUUUCAGUUUGGUUUUUUUUUUUGGAGAGAGUGAAGAACCGGUACUUAACUGGGCACAUUAAUAACGGUAACAUCUAAGCCUUUUAAGUUGUACAACCUUAAAUGUUGCACGUUUCAAAUCAUCAACAUCUUAUGCAGAUUUGUGAUGCUAAUAUCUUCUCAUGGUUGUUGGGACAUCGGUUUUCUACAACCGCAUUGGUCAAAUGAUUAAUUUUUUUCAAAAAGAUAAGAAUAAACUUGCUUUCUUGUUUUGAACUCUCAUUUACUUUUUCUUUUUUGUAUUGCCAUUUGGUAAUCUCGCAUGUUUGUCUGCUUUCUGUUCCCUCUUAUUUUUAGUUAUGAUUGACAGUUGUUUUCUUUUCGAUCUUAUGACAUAACCUGUUUUUUUACCUGCUUUCCUCUUCCUAUUCCAUUACCUGUACAUCAUUCUUGCAUGGACAGGUGCAUACGCCAAGAAUAUGUGCACGCCUCAUUUGGGCUAUUGCGGAGCAUUUUGAUUUGGAAGGUCUAGAUCCACUUCUUGCUGAUGAUCCACAGGAUCCAUUAAACAUCAUUAUAUCAAAUAUACACGCUGUGUUAUUCGACAAUGAUUCGUCCACAAAUAUAUCAAAUAGACUCCAGGAUGUGCAAGCUGCUCUCCUGUGUGCACAGCAUCUCGGAUCAAGACAUGCCAGAGCAGGGCAGCUGUUGACUAAAGAACUUGAAGAUUUUCGAAAUAGUACAUCUGCUGAUUCGGUGAACAAGCAUCAAUGUCGCUACAUCUUGCAGAAAAUAAAAUAUGCUACGAGUCAUCCAGAGAGUAGGUAUGUUUACUAUUACAGUAUCGUAGUAAUUACUGUUACCGGUACCUUGUGAGGCCUUUAUAACUUCUGCUCAUUGCUGUUCUAGCCUCGUGAUAAUUAGUCAUGACGUAAACUCAAACCAAUGCAGACAGAUGUUCUUGUCAGGUCAUUUGAAAAAUCUAGCUCUGAAGUAUCAAUAAGUGAGCUGUGCAUUACUGUGUUUACAACGUUACGAAAAUCGAUGUUUAUAGUGUAAUAAAAUAAUGGCAUGAUGUUUGUGACAAAUCUUUUUUUUAGUAACAGCAUUUUAAAAAUUGUGUCUAAUCAAGUGACAUUAUCAGGUGGGGAGGUGUGGGUGAAGCUAGAGGCGAUUAUCCAUUCAGCCACCACAAGUUCACUGUUCAAUUUUCCGAAACAUCAGCAGCUCAGGACAGAAAGUUGGAAGGGCUGGUUCAUAAGGCUAUUCAAGAGCUCUGGAGGCCUGAUCCAAGCGAACUAACUCUUCUGCUUACAAAAGGGAUCGAAGCCACUUCUCUUAAAGUGCCUCCAACUGCAUAUACGCUGACUGGUAGUAGUGAUCCAUGCUAUGUGGAAGCCUAUCAUUUGGCAGACAAAAUCGAUGGAAGGAUCACCUUGCAUCUGAAGGUAUUUUGUAAUCUUUUUCUGGUAGUUUGCCACCUUUCAACGAAUUUAUUGCCAUGACUUACAUUUUCGCAUUUGUCUUGGUGCAUCAAUUCGAUGUACUGCUCAUGAUUUGGGGGGAAUUCUUGUUAGGAUCUUCUCACAACAGUUCAAUAAUUUGCCCAGCUUAUGCAAAUGGGACCUUUGAAUUUGCCAUCUCUUUGAUCUUCACUCUUAUUUCUUGCACUAAUCUUUCGUUUUAUUGUUUCAUGCAGUAUCUGGUAUGUCACAUUUAUGUUGAGAAUUACCAUGGUUUUUCUUGCAUUGCUUUGCUUGGUUUGGACAAGGUCAUCGAUGCAUUGUUUUCCUGGACUUUGUGCAUCUGUUCUUUUGAUGGUGGAACUUCAUUGCAGGUCUUAAAUUUGACCGACCUUGAACUCAAUAGGGUCGAUAUCCGUGUUGGGCUGUCCGGUGCUUUGCACUUCAUGGAUGGUUCUCCGCAGGCAGUGCGGCAGCUACGCAAUCUUGUUUCACAGGUUGUUUUUCUCACGCUCAACCUCUUUAUUUUUUCUUGCUGAGUUAGAUGGACAAAGGUCUACCCUCAAAUGUUCCUUUCUUUUCAUGCUAUUUAUUUAUGUUUCAUCUAGCUCGUUGACUUCCUUGACAAUCCCCGGCAUGUGGUCAGUAUACUAUGAUGCUUGUAGCGUGCUACAACUACCAGGAAGAGACGCGCGCUGAAAAUGCGUCAAUGACGGGCAUGCAGAUUAAAGAGUAAAUAAAUCACCGCGCGCAUAAUAGGAAUAUGUGUUCUCUGACUUUUGAGCACCACUCAUUGACUAUUUAGUGCCUGUUCAGGGAGAUGGGAUGUUCCACUGGUUUGUCAUCACUGCCCAUGGCAUGCUGUGCCUUUGCUUCUUCUGAAUUCAUUCGCGUUGAAUCCCACAAGGAAACCGGAUAGUUUAUAUCGUCGUGCAAAAGAAAUGGAUAUGUGGGUCAUUUCAGGAAAGAUCUUACUGAUAUCAAUGUGUAUUGUAACUGAGAGAAAAAUCGGAGGUCAUAUUAUUAACGUCAGUUUCCAAUUUAUCUUUAGGGUUCCUUCCUCUGCAUCUUCCUGCUAUUUUGGUGUAAAAUAACGACCAGUGUUUCCUGAUUAUAGGACCCAGUGCUCUGCAGCGUGACGGUGGGCGUCUCUCAUUUUGAGAGAUGCGCCCUCUGGGUUCAAGUGCUGUACUACCCCUUCUGCGGGAGUGGCGGCGCCGCCGGAGAGUAUGAAGGAGACUACGCCGAAGAGGACGUGCAAAUCACCAGACAGAAGCGAGGCCUCAAGUCUGAGAUGGGAGAACCAGUCAUACUCAGAUGCCAGCCUUACAAGAUCCCCCUCACCGAGCUCCUCUCACCUCACCGAUGCUCGCCCGUCGAGUUCUUCCGCCUGUGGCCGAGCUUGCCCGCCAUCCUCGAGUUCACCGGCGCGUACACUUACGAAGGCAGCGGCUUCAGCGCCACCGCCGCCCAACAGAGCGGCGCCUCCCCUUUCCUCAGCGGCCUCAAAUCUCUGUCCUCCAAGCCCUUCCACCAAGUCUGCUCCCAUAUUCUCCGGACAGUCGCCGGCUUUCAGGUAAACAAAGCCUCCCCAGUUUUUUUCUUCUCAAAUUACUCCGUUGACUCACCACUUUUAGUAAUCCGAUCUUCUGCCGGCAGCUGUGCUUCGCCGCAAAGACCUGGUACGGUGGAUUCCUCGCCAUGAUGAUCUUCGGGGCCAGCGAAGUGAGCAGGAACGUUGACCUGGGCGACGAGACCACCACGAUGAUGUGCAAGUUCGUCGUGCGGGCCUCCGAUGCGUCGGUCAUCAAGGAGGUGGGCUCUGACUUGCAGGGAUGGCUGGACGACAUCACAGACGGCGGCGUGGAGUACCUCUCCGAGGAUGAGGUUAAAGCGGGGGCUGCCGAGCGGCUGAAGAUCUCGAUGGAGAGGAUCGCUCUGCUCAGAGCUGCCCAGCCCCCGCCCGAGUUGCAGAAGCCUAAGGAGGAAGAGGAAGAGGAUGAUGAACAGGAAGGGGAGGGGGCAGUAGAUGGGGACGGGAAGCCGAAGAAGGGGCCUUCGACCCUGUCGAAGGUGACGGCGGAGGAGGCUGAGCACCGGGCGCUGCAGGCGGCGGUGCUGCAGGAGUGGCACUUGCUUCGCAAGGAGGGAGCCAUCAAAGUCAACUGA